CAGAUGCCAAGGCCUCAAGUUGACAAGGCCCCUGGGCCGCCGGAAGUCCACCUGGUGCGGAAAGGCGUUCAACGUCGAAAAUAAUUUUGGAUCCCCGCCAAACUCGUCUUUUACCGCUGAUUCCAACACUCCAGGCGCAACGCAACAUGGAUACCGUACAGAUUGCACUGCCCCUUCCCGUCCUGCCCGAGGGCUGGGCUGGAGAAAAAGACUUCAAAGCAAUCGGCAGUCUCAGCCAGGCCACCGACCGCAACAUCGAACCUGUUGGACCGCACUUUCUGGCUCACGCACGCAGGAAGCGACAUAAGCGCACGUUCUCGGAGGAUGACCGUAUUCAAGCGCAAGCAAACGUGAAGAAGGUGGAGGAUGACGAUGCUGGCGAAAUCAGCGAGCCAGAAGACCCUCUUCUUCUCCAACGUGAAGCAAAGGAUUGGAAGACGCAAGAUCAUUACGCUGUGUUGGGACUGUCGAGGUACCGCUACAAGGCCACUGAGGAUCAGAUCAAGCGCGCCCACCGAAAGAAGGUCCUUAAGCAUCACCCGGACAAGAAGGCCGCCGCCGGCCAGGCCCAGGAUGACCAGUUCUUCAAGUGCAUUCAGAAGGCCGCCGAGGUCCUCUUGGACCCUGUCAAGCGCCGGCAGUUCGACUCCGUCGACGAGGCCGCCGACGUUGAGCCUCCCACGAAGAAGGAGUCUCAGAAGGGCAACUUUUACAAGCUGUGGGGCAAGGUAUUUGAGUCCGAGGCGCGUUUCUCCAACAAGCAACCGGUCCCCAAGCUUGGCAAUGAGAACAGCACGAAGGCAGAGGUUGAGGAGUUCUAUAACUUCUGGUACAACUUCGACAGCUGGCGUACCUUUGAGUAUCUCGACGAGGAUGUGCCUGAUGACAAUGAGAAUCGCGAUCAAAAACGACAUGUCGAGCGGAAGAACCAGAACGCACGCCGCAAGAAGAAGACGGAGGAUACCGCUCGUCUCAGAAAGCUUGUUGAUGAUUGUUUGAGUCUCGAUGUCCGCAUCAAGAAGUUCCAGCAAGAAGAGCGUGCUCAGAAGAACAAGCGCCGCACUGAGAAGGAGGCCGAGCAGAAACGCCUUGCUGAGGAGGCGGCCAAGAAGAAGGAGGAGGAGGCCAGGAUCCAAGCUGAGAAGGAGGCCGCCGAAAAGGCCGCGAAGGCGGACAGCAAGAAGGCCAAGGAGGCAGCGAAGAAUGCUGCUAAGAAGAACAAGCGUGUGGUUCGUGCUGCCGUCAAGGAGGCCAACUACUUCCACGGCGCUGGCGAUGCUCCUGCUGCUCAGAUCGAUUCAGCCCUCAACGAUGUCGACCUGAUCAUCACCAAGCUCGACAACGAGGAGCUGGCCACUUUGACCGGCAAGCUCAACGGAAAGACUGAUGCUGGUGAGAUCACGACCAUCUUCCAGGAGGAAGUGAAGAGGCUGCUCGGCGCGGGCAAGCUGAAGGAUGGAGAGGCGAAGUCCCUCUCUUAGUUGGGCCUGUCGGAUACGUCUUGCAAUGUAUAAACUACAUCUAGUGGCAAAAGAGUCUGUGAUUAGAGGUGCGGAUUUCUAUUGGGUUCUGCGAGUUUGUACUUUCCUAUGGCAGUGCUGGACAAAGGAUAGAUAUGCGUAGACAGUGUACAUGUCAUUUUUGACCUUCGAACCACACU